AUGACAGACCCCGAAAAAACAUCUCGAGAAUCGAGUUCCUCGAAUAAUCUCGAUGGGACGCCAAAGUCACCACCUGUUGAUACCACCACAGGAAAAGAUCUAGAAAGCCAGGAUCAAAGAAUAGUAGUACCGCCAUUACAGUGGAAUGGUCCUGACGAUCCAGAUAAUCCUCUCAAUUGGCCUGUGUGGAAGAAGAGUUGGCAUGUUUUUACUCCAGCUUUGAUUUCUUUCUCUGCAACCCUCGGCUCCUCCCUCAUAUCCCCCGCCGCCCCCUUCAUCUCCCACACCUUCCACACCAGCUCGACCGUCUCCAUCCUCCCCCUCUCCACCUACGUCCUAGCUCUCGCGCUGGGUCCCCUCAUCGCAGCCCCCCUCUCCGAAUCCCUCGGUCGAAAACCCGUCUAUCUACUCUCCGUCCCCCUGGGCUGCAUCUUCACUCUCGGCUGCGGUUUCUCCCAAAACAUCGCAAGUCUAUCUAUCCUGCGUUUCCUCGCUGGUAUGGCGUUCAGUCCCGCGUUAGCAAUUGGAGCAGGUAGUAUUGCGGACUGUUAUACUGCUGAAAAGAGAGCGCGUCCUAGUGCGUGCUUUAGGUCUUCAAAUGGACCCGUCAUAGGUUCCUUUGUAACUGUCCGCAAAUCCUGGCGCUGGACCCAAUGGACAUUAAUCUUCUUCUCCAUCUUUUCUUUCCUCCCUCUCCUCCUUACCUCCGAAACCCUGCACUCACGCAUCCUCACGCGUCGCGCCAAAUCUCUCAAUCAGCCUCUCCCAGCCUCUCCAUUUCUCUCGAACGCAGCGAAGAUAAAGUUCCUCCUAACAGUCACCCUUUUUCGUCCCAUUCACAUGCUCUGUACCGAGCCCAUCGUCGCCUUCCUAAGUCUCUACGUCGCGUUUAAUUUUUCCAUUCUUUUCAGUUUCAUCGCCGCUUUUCCGUAUGUAUUCAGGACUUUAUAUGAAUUUGAUACCGAACAGAGUGGAUUGGUUUUCUUGGCAAUCGGUGUUGGAUGUUUCCUGGCUAUCAUUACAGUUCUUCUCUGUGAUACGUUCUUAUAUCAGCCUAUCGUCAAAAAAUCCCAUGAAGAAGGGAGGUCAGGUAUUGUAGCCCCGGAAUAUCGUUUAUAUCCUGCGAUGCUAGGAAGUUUUGGGCUGCCGGUUGGGUUAUUUUGGUUUGCAUGGAGUGCGAAGGAUGAUGUUCAUUGGAUAGUGCCUGUAAUUGGAGCCGUGCCUUUUUCGUGGGGAAACUUGUCGGUAUUUAUUGCAUCAGCAAACUAUCUGAUUGAUACCUAUCAAGCAUUAAAUGGUGCAUCAGCACUAGCAGCAAAUGGGCUUUUGAGAUACGUUUCGGGUGCAGCAUUCCCAUUAUUCAUAUUGCAGAUGUAUAAAAACUUGGGAAUUGGAUGGGCAACGAGUCUGUUAGGUUUUAUUGUUGUAGGGUUGCUACCUGUCCCAUGGGUAUUGUGGAUUUGGGGAAAGAAGAUCAGAAGUGGCAGUGCAUAUGAUACCAUUAAAGCAUAA